AUGAUUCUUGGAAGAUCACGUUGUAGAGUUGCAGAGUACUCUAUUUUACAUCACUAUCAUGUUGUAGUGUUUCAUAAAACUAUUGAUUGGCAAUUUCAAGAACUCAAUAGUCGCUUUGAUGAGGUGACAACUGAAUUGCUUCUUGGAGUUGCUUGCUUGAACCUGGUUAACUCUUUUUCAAGUUUUUACAUUGAAAAGAUAUUGAGAUUGACUGAGCUAUAUCCCGAUGAUUUUGAUAAAUAUUCUAUAGUUGACCUUCGUUUUCAGCUUGAGAAUUACAUUGUUGAUGUUCGGGAUCACGAUAAAAGGUUUUCUGAUCUUAAGGGACUUGGUGAUCUUUCCAAUAAAUUAGUAGAAACAAAGAAGCAUGGGACUUAUCCUCUUGUGUUCCGGCUAGUGAAAUUUGCUUUACUUUUGCCAGUUGCUACGGUUACGGUUGAAAGAGCUUUCUCAACAAUGAAGUUGAUAAAGACUGACUUACGAAAUCGAAUGGAUGAUGAGAUUUUAAGUGGUUGUUUGGUGCCUUAUAUAGAAAAAGAUGUAUUUUGUAAUGUUUCUAAUGAGGCUAUUAUGAAUACAUUUCAAAACAUAAAAACUCGUCGAGGAGAAUUGUAG